AUGAAGUUUUCCCUCUUGUCAAGCGCGGCUGUGGCUGCUUUGGCUGCCUCGCCAGCCGCUGCCAUCCUCGGCACCCCCGAUGCCGUCGAUAAGCUCUCCAGCAAAGCUUUGGCCACUAAGAUGGCUUAUGAGGCCGCUCACGGCUCCAACUCUACCUGCAACGUCAAGAAUGCGGUAGUUCGUCGCGAGUGGUCAUCUUUGGCGCCCGCCGAUCGCAAGAAGUAUACCGAUGCGGUGCUGUGCUUGAUGAACAAGCCGCCCAAGUCGGAUCCCAGCUUCGCUCCUGGUGCUCGUAACCGCUAUGACGACUUCGUCGCCGUGCACAUCAACCAGACCCUGUGGAUCCACGGCACGGGUAACUUCCUCACGUGGCACCGGUUGUUCACCUGGGCCUACGAGGAGGCUCUACGCAACGAGUGUGGCUACGAUGGCUACCAGCCCUACUGGGCCUGGAACAAAUACGUGGACAACCCGAUCAACUCGCCCCUCUUCGAUGGCACCGAGUACAGUCUGUCCGGUAACGGAGACUACGUGGCUCACAACGGCACCCCGGCCACCCCCUACACCAUCAUUCCCCCCGGUGUGGGAGGCGGUUGUGUGCGCCACGGUCCCUUUGCCAACAUGAGCGUCAACCUCGGCCCUGUGAGCCCCACCCUGCAGAUCCCCGGUCUGGUGGCCCAGAACGGCACCGGCUUGGACUACAACCCGCGGUGCCUGCGUCGCGACAUCUCGGCCUACGCCGCCCAGGGCUGGACCAAGACCAGCGAUGUCAUGGAUCUGAUCCAGAACUGCGACGACAUCUCGUGCUUCGAGUGGACCAUGCAAGGGUUUUUCAACGAAGGAUUCCUGGGCGUGCACACGGCCGGUCACUUCACCAUUGGCGGUGACCCUGGAGGUGACCUCUACGCCUCCCCCGGUGACCCUGCAUUCUACGUUCACCACGGCAUGAUCGACCGCGUCUUCUGGAUCUGGCAGAACCUGAACCCGGCCAACCGCACCUACGUCGUCAAGGGGCCCGACUUCAUCAACGGCAUGAUUCCCGGCCCCAACACCACCAUUCACGAUAUGCUGUGGAUGGGUAACCUCACCGAGUCGCGCGAGAUUUACGACAUUUUGGACACCACGGCCGGCACGCCUUUGUGUUAUAUCUAUUCGUAG